UCGGCCCUCAUGUGUUCAGUUUGUUUAUAACGCGCCGAGCCUCCAGGUGACCCCCACACUCAGCUGUCCGGUAGCCACGAUCUUCAUCCGAACCGGAAUAACUGAGAGUCCAGACACACGCAGACACACACAGACACACACUUCUGUCGUCAGCUGCAGACUGUGAUGUGACCGGUUGGUUCGGAUUACAUCCAUCUUUCUCUGUAAGUCGGUGAAGAUCAGUCAGAGAUGACAGUGCUUGUUCUGCAGGCAGCAUCAGGAGGAGGAGGAGGAGGAGGGCUGAAGUCUCCUCACAUGCUCUUUCUGUUGGUCGUCCCGCUUCUGUGGCUGCAGCCGGCCGAGUCCAGCGCCGCUCCAGAUGCCAAAGCCUGGAGGCAAACGGGGCCACGGCUGCAGCUCUCCCACUCAGAUCUGAGGAACAGCUUGGCUGUGUUCUGGGGGGGCGGAGUCAGCGGCGGAUACCAGGCCCUGUUAUUGGACGAGGAUCAGGGAUGGCUGUUGGUCGGAGGGAAAGACCACAUCUACCUGCUGAGACCCGACAGCUUGGAUCUGCCCACGCACACGAUCCACUGGCCCGCUGCCAGAGAACACGUGGAGCACUGCAGGCAGGCGGGGAAAAGCCUGGAGACAGACUGUGCCAACUUCGUGCGGCUGUUGCAGCCAUUCAAUAAGACCCACGUUUACGCCUGUGGUACCGGCGCCUUCCAUCCACAGUGCACAUACCUGCACGUAGGACAUAACGCAGAGCAGCCGUUGUUCAUGUUGUCUCACACGGUGGAGUCGGGCAGAGGAAAAUGUCCCUUCAGUCCCAGGGAGCCCUUCACCGCUCGACUGACUGAUGGUGAACUCUAUGCAGGUAUGUCAGUAGAUUUUAUGGGAGCCAAUGCAGCGAUCUUCCGUACGUCUGUGCAGGGCGACAGUCAGCAUUACAUCCGCACCGAAGCGUACGAUCACAACUGGCUCAACGAGCCGGAGUUUGUGGGCUCCUUCUCCAUUCCCGACACUCGCAGUCCGGACGACGACAAGGUCUACUUCUUCUUCAAGGAGCAGGCGGUGGAGGCCGGACAGUGGGACAAGAGGGUGUACAGCCGCGUGGCUCGAGUCUGCAAGAAUGACGUCGGAGGGAAGAGGAGUCUGAUCAACCGUUGGACCACGUUCCUCAAAGCCCGGCUGGUCUGUUCUGUCCCCGGCCCGUCUGGAGUCGACACGCAGUUUGAUGAGCUCGAGGACAUCUUUGUUCUGGAGACGAAGGACCCUCAAAACCCGACCAUCUACGGUGUCUUCAGUACAUCCAGCUCUAUCUUUCGUGGCUCAGCAGUGUGUGUGUACUCCAUGGCGUCCAUCCGCGCCGCUUUUAACGGGCCGUUUGCACAUAAAGAGGGUCCGGACUAUCGCUGGGUGGAGUACAAGGGCCGCAUCCCCUACCCGAGACCAGGCACUUGUCCCAGCGAGACGUAUGAUGCUCUCCACAAGUCCACCAAGGACUUCCCAGACGAGGUGGUGAGCUUCAUGCGGCAGCACCAGCUCAUGUGGGAACCCGUCCUGCCGGUGGGCGGCAGACCCAUCCUGACCCGGGUCAACGCGCCCUACAUGUUAAAGAGGGUCGUCGUGGACAGGGUGGAUGCCGAGGACGGACCAUACGAUGUCUUACACCUAGGCACAGAUGACGGGAAGGUGGUGAAGGCCAUUUCAGUCAUCAAAGACAGCUGGGACAAGGAGGAGAUCAUUCUGGAGGAGCUGACGGUCUUCCAGAGUCCCACUCCCAUCCUGAGCAUGGAGCUGUCAACAAAGAGAAAGCAGCUGUACGUGUCCAGUGAGCUCGGCGUGGCCCAGCUGGGGCUCCAGAGGUGUGAGUUGUACGGGACGGACUGCGCCGAGUGCUGCCUGGCCAGAGACCCCUACUGCUCCUGGGACGGUCAGACCUGCUCCAGAUUCUUCCCCACCAGCAAGAGGCGGGCGCGGAGACAGGAUGUAAAGUACGGAGACCCCUGGAGUCAGUGUCCAAUCACAGACGACGAUUCGGAGUCCGUGGAGGUGAAGUCGGUGUACGGUGUGGAGGGAAACUCCACCUUCCUGGAGUGUGUUCCUCGGUCUCCGCAAGCUGAGCUCAGGUGGACGCUGCAGCACACAGAGAGCCAGCAGCAAGCGCUCAGUCAGACGCAGGGAAGCACAGAGCUCCGUCAGAGCGAUGAUGACCGCAUCCUUCACAUGAAGCGGGGUUUGCUAGUUCAACGCCUGGAGCUGGCUGACUCAGGCCUCUACACCUGCGCCAGCCACGAGCACUCCUACAGCCAGGUACUGGCCAGAUACCGCAUUCACAUUAUCCCCAACCACAGCCUCCAGCCGACCCGCUACCAGCAGAACCACAGCCCGAUCCACCCGGGCCCAGGCAGCCUCGGGAGGAUCAGCCCAGCUGGGGUCGCCGGGUUUCUCGGCCAGUCGGUGCCCCUUCAACCUCCGGUGCCGGGACACAGGAACUCGUGGCUUCCUCUAAAGAGCUACAAAGACCUGCACAUGGUGGGGACCAACAGCCUGAGUGUGGACGAGUACUGCGAGCAGCUGUGGUACCGCGAGAAACGCCGGCAGCAGAAGCUCCGCACCCUGAAGCUGAAACAGGAGAGCAGGAAAGCCCGGGUGAGGCGGAACAAUCCCCCGGAGAUUCCCCUCUAGUCGCCUGGAGAACAGAGACUGCUCAUGGACUACAGAUCCUGUACAUGUAGAGGACAUGGAAAGGUUUUUUUGUUUGUUUUUAGCAAAUAAAGCUCAAACUGCUAGCGUGACACCAGCCAUAUUUACUAUUAAAGACUGUUAGUAAUUAAAAAGACAUAUAUAUAUAUAUAUAUAUAUAUAUCCUCACCCUGAAUAUUUUUGACAGAAUUUGGCGUAAAGACUUUUUUGAUAAACAAGGUCGUGACAACUCAGAAUCCCAAAUGUGCAGGUCAACUCAUGAACAGGUUCAUAUGAUAACAAACAAAAAGUUAUGCACAACAAUUCGUAUGAUAUUCUACGAAAUUAGGGGGUCACAUGAAGAGCGGUCACAUGGAACUGACAGUUUACAAGACCAUAUCUUGUAAUAUCGGUCCAUCAGAACAGAAACAAGUAAACAUGGUUAUUAGAGAAGAAAUGCAUCUGAUCAUAUUUCAGUUUACAUAAUGUAAUUUUAUAAACUGUCAAUUACAAGCUACCAUUUAUUGUGGCACUUAUUUAUCGAUUAACAAAUAUCUACACUUCAACACUCCCUUUUUGUCCCUUUUUCUAUCCAACAUAUCUAUUUAGUAAAGCUGCAAAGAUUUAUUCGCUAACUAUUUUGACAAUCGGUUUGAGUCCAAAUUUUCUGAUGUCAGCUUGUUAAAUGUGAAUAUUGUUCUAGUUUCUUCUCUCCUCUGUGAAAGUAAACUGAAUUUCUUUGAGUUGUGGACAAAACAAGACAUUUGAGGAUGCCAUCCUGGGCUUUUGGGGAAACAUUGAGCCACAUUUUUUAACAGUUUCUGACAUUUUAGAGACCAAACAGUAACAACAAUAAUCUACAGAUUAAUCCACAAUGAAUAUAAUCGUUAGUUGCAUCCCACUGCAUCCCCAUGCAAAAUGGCACCACACAUCUGACUGACGUACAGAGGAACAUGUAUCACGCAUGACGCAGACAGAAACUGUUACUGUUGCUCCAGGGCUCCCUUGUAAAAGAGAUUUGAUUAUCUCAAUGGGACAUCACCUGGUAAAAUAAAGGAUAAAUAAAAAAAAAUAAAGAAAUAUGUAUACUAUAUAUAGAGUAUAAGUUAAUGACAGAAGACUUAACAAGGGAAGUGUUUGCCUGAUUCACUGCAACACAUUUAACUGUGUUUAAACAUAUAAUGUUUCACAUGUAUUUAUGUUUAUUCUGAGACGUAAUGCUGAUCUACACAGAUAAGAUCUACUUCAUGGAUAGGCCUCAGUGGACACGCACACAAGAAACGGACCUUUUUUUGAUAGUUUGUAUUUUUAGAAUUUUAGUACUUUUUCUUUGUGUUUAUAUAAACGUGUGUUUCUCAUAAGCAAAAUGAACACUUUUUUAAAACUUUCCUUUAACUUUAAUAAGCUUUGAGAUCAAGAAAUUAAAUUGUGUUAAGUUACUGUAUGUGAAUAAGCCACAAACUGUUGUAAAAUAAAA